CAUUAUCGAGCUAGCAUUCAACUUUAGUAGACAUCUGUUUAAAAAUUAACUAGAAAAAUGAGCAGCGAAGCGGUUAAAGGCCAAAUGUCCCAAGAAAAAAUUGUUGCCCAGUUUCAACAGCUCCGGAACGAACAAAGAAAUCUGGCCAACAGUUUAAAUACGCUGGAAAUGGAUCUGCGUGAACACAAAACUGUGAUAGAAACCCUCAAUUCAGCGGAUCCGGAACGCAAGUGUUUCCGUCUCAUUGGUGGCGUGCUGUGCGAACGGACUGUCAAAGAAGUCCUGCCCCAACUGGUGGAUAACAAGGAUUUCAUUGCGAAAACCAUUACAACGGUAUCAGAGGAUUUGAGCAAAAAGGGUCAGGAACUCAACAAAUUUAAGGAGGAGCACAACAUCAAAAUACGCGGCGAACAAAUCGGCCCCGAGGGCACCAAGUCCUCGGAGACGGAAAGCGGCAGCAAAGUGGAAAACCGCAACGUUCUGGUCUCCAACUAACCUCGACAGAGAAUACCAAACAGCAAACAGCAAACGAAGCGUGUUUAUUGUGUCCGAUGAGGUUCUUUGUGCGGCGGCACUACAAUAAUGCAUUGAUUAUGAUUCUAAUGUUAUAUGUAAUUUUAGCUAUAAGGCGCAGUUACACACACAGAGAAACGCCACUCAUCCAUCCCCUCAAACAAUUCACCCACACAACCUACACACAACUCACAAAGUCGGCCCACAAUUAAAAGAAGCUGAGCUAAUUCAAAAUGGCAA